AUGUCAGUGAUUCCAACAAUUAAGGCAUUUUUUAAUGCCAAUAGGCAAUAUGCGAUAGUCGGUGCCAGCAACAAUCCAACAAAAUAUGGAUAUAAAAUUCUCGCUUGGUAUCUCAAUCAUAACUUAUCAAUUAUUCCCAUUAAUCCAAAAGAACAAGAAAUAUUAGGAACUAAAGUAGUUAACAAUAUUAAUGAUGUCGUAAAAGCUAUAGCUUCUCAUCAAGAUAUUUUAACCUAUAAAACAUCUUCAGUUGAUGGGUUGAGUAUUUCAUUUUUAACCCCACCAAAAAUUACUAGAGCUACAGUUCAAGAUAUUGGAAAAAUUGAUGGAUAUAAGGAUGUUAUCAAAGGUUUAUGGUUCCAACCAGGUAGUUAUGAUCAAGAAGUAUUGGAUGCCGCACAAGAUUUAGGAGUAUUUGAAAAAGUCAUUCAUGAAGGGAAUUGUAUUUUGGUUAGCGGUGAGAACGGCAUGCGUGCGGCUGGUUUAUAG